CGGCUCCCCCGGCGUGAUGACGUCACGAGCUCAGCAGAUGCUACAAGUACGCGAUGACGUCACGCGCUGUCUCUUUUGGCGCUGCGCGCUGCGAGGAUGAAGACCAUCCUCAGCAACCAGACCGUGGACAUCCCCGAGCAAGUGGGAGUGUCGCUGAAGGGCCGGACGGUCAUUGUGAAGGGACCCCGAGGAACCCUGCGGAGAGAUUUUAACCACAUCAAUGUGGAGCUGUCCCUCCUGGGAAAGAAGCACAAGAAGCUGCGUGUUGACAAGUGGUGGGGAAACAGAAAGGAGCUGGCAACAGUUCGCACGAUUUGCAGCCAUGUACAGAACAUGAUCAAGGGCGUCACUCUGGGCUUUCGCUACAAGAUGAGGUCGGUGUAUGCUCACUUCCCAAUCAACGUGGUCAUACAGGACAACGGCUCACUCGUGGAGAUCCGAAACUUCCUGGGAGAGAAGUACAUCCGAAGAGUGCGGAUGAGGCCAGGUGUUACCUGCGCAGUAUCUCAAGCCCAGAAAGAUGAGCUGAUCCUUGAAGGGAAUGAUAUUGAGCUGGUUUCCAAUUCAGCUGCCUUGAUCCAGCAAGCCACCACAGUCAAGAACAAGGAUAUCAGGAAAUUCUUGGAUGGUAUCUAUGUCUCUGAGAAAGGAACAGUGCAGCAGGCAGAUGAGUAAAACUCAUAGUUGCCUGGAUUGAAAUACUACCAUGACACUUUAUACCAGCAAUGUCAGCUGGUAUAAGGUGUAGAAUACAAGAGGGUUAAAUAAAAUAAACUGUAUUUCAUA